AUGCUCGAUCAGUGUACCCUGAUGAAAUUGCGAUGCGACGGACAAAGCCCCUGCGGAUCGUGUCAAAAGCGGAACCUCGCAUGCAACAACCAACGAACGGGUGGGAGCAAUGGCUCCGACGAAGGUACAUUCCCCUCGAGUGGCAUGGGCUACAGUGGGAGGCUCAUCCAAGGGAUAGGGACCCCCGCGAAUCACGAAACCUGCUCGCCGUCGUCAUCGGAUCGAGGAUCGAUCAAGUUCCUACUGAACGGAGGCACCGAAAGCUUUACAGAGGGAUUCCGACUCCCGCCGCGCAGCGAUCAGACAACCAGCGUGGAAUAUCAUAAUGAGUUGGGCCUGGAGGAUACCUCCAAGAACAACCUUGGGCGCACAGGUCCUGAAUUUGGCUCUGGCUUCACCAACUCCGACCCGGCCUCGCAACAGUUCUUCCAAGAAAAUUUCCUCGAUCUCUACUACAGCCCGUUGAUGUACGGACGGAAGCCCGUGGACAGCCCGUAUGAUAAUGGCCAGCUGGACUACUCGGCAGUAAUGCCGCCUGUGCAGCAACCGAAUUUCGGAUUGCACGCGGAUGCGUCUGCCUUCGAGCCCGAGCGACCAUUCGCGCUGGCGCUGAUUCAGUCAAUUUUGGCGACGGCGUGGCAGGUACCGCUCGAUCUCAAGGCACAACAGGAGAUCUCCGCGAAUUUGAAUGUUCUGUUGACAACCGCCCGCAUACGAAAGUUCGUUUCCCUCUAUUUUGAAUGUUGGCACCCCAGCUCUUCGAUCCUCCAUGUCUAUUCCUUUGACCCUGAAGCGGCGCCCUUGACCCUUUUAGCGGCUGUUGUAUUCAUGGGCGCGAUGUACAGUAACGACCACCGGGAGGUCUCUAUCGCAAAGACAGUAUUAGACUUUGCAGAACUCUUCAUCUAUUCAAGUGAAGUGUUUUCCACGGAAAGCGAGGUUGGCAGAAUAUUCCCGUCCGUGGAAUGCCACAAGGACGAGAGCACCGAGUGGAUGAGUUUCCAAAGCUACCAGGCCGGUGUCAUCAUGAUGUUGACACAGUACUGGGCUGGGAGUCGAGUUUCUCGGACUCGGGCCAUGGAAAGCAGACUCAGCGAGCUUGUGAAGGUCGGGCGGCGAAUGGGGCUUGGAAAAUCUCGUCAUCUUCCAGAAGACCAAGCUCUCGAGCAGUUGUGGAUUCAAAAAGAAUGUCGAAUUCGCACUGCUUGUGUUGUCAUUUCGAUUGAUUGUGCAUUCUAUUUCUUUCAGAAUUUCCCUUGCCGACUGACACAAUCUGAAAUGCAAUGCGAUCUCCCGUCGGACAAGUCGCUAUUCUUCUCUCGCCAUCCAUUUUCCGAGCCCAACUUCCGCUUCGCUCGCGACGUCACACUGGCCAAGGCCUUUGAGAAUUUGAUGGACGAGUCAUCAUCUACUCCUAUGGACCUGACCGUCCUAGACAUGUUCAUGCUAAUCCACUUACUAUACUCUUAUAUCAACACCCAUAUGCCCAUCCUCGGUCCCGUAAUACGGAUGAGCCAGGUCAAGCAGCCCAUAAAGCCUGCUUCUGAUACCCUACAGGAAGCAUAUUCCAUUCCCAACGACCCAACCUUAGCCCCGGUCAAGACCGCUCUAUCGCGCUGGCGUGAUCAUUGGUUUGUGCUGCGCAACCGGGUCCCUAGUGAGGAGUGGGCUGCGUUGGGCUUUUACAAAAACGCCUACCAUUUCUGGCUGGUGUCACAACUGCUCAUCACCAAUGGAAAUGUCGUCGACGUCGUCAUGCAAAUGGAAGUCCCCUGCGAAGACAAAUUAGACCAAUUGAAGGUCUUGCUCGACGACCAAGGGGAUGUAUGA